AUGGCUGCUUCUAUGUCUCUCUAUCCCUAUAAUCCCCUGCUAUAUUUUUCGACUCCUUCGUGUUUUCGUUCUCAACUUCGAAACUUGGAGAGAGGGCAUUUGGGUUCUGCAAGGUUGAAGCGUUUGGUGAAACUUGCAGCACAUUCAAAUCCAAAGAUUCUCAAGACCAACAGGAAGUCAAAGUAUGGAGAUGCACUGUCGUUGUACGAUAGUGAUGAAGACGAUGAAGAAAUGGACGAAGACGACGACGAAGAUGAUGAUGAUUGGCUUUCAGAUGAGGAAUUUGCGGAGCCAGCUAAAUUUGAUGUUAGUAACAAGAGAUUGAAGUCGAAGGCGGUUAAAAGAAAAGAUAGAGAGCGGGAGUGGGAGUGGGGUUUGAGAUCGUUUGACAAUGAACAAAGCAUUAGAUUGCCUAGAAGCGAGAGAGUGGCAUCUUUACAACGAAAUGAGAGUGGAAAUGUAGUAAAUGGUGAUACGGUUAGUAGAAAUGUAAAGAAUAAAAAAUAUCCGCGGUUGUCCGAAGAGAUUCCUUUGGAUUUGAAAUGGUUACCACUUCUUGAUUACUUAAGCACCUUUGGAAUGAAGGAAUCACACUUUAUCCAAAUAUAUGAGAGGCACAUGCAAGCACUUCAAAUUAAUGUUGGUUCUGCACAGGAAAGGUUAGAAUACUUAAUGAGUGUUGGAGUUAAACAUAGAGAUGUAAGAAGAAUUCUUUUGAGGCAGCCACAAAUUCUAGAGUACACAGUGGAGAACAAUUUGAAAUCUCGUGUUGCUUUCUUGAGGGCCCUAGGCAUACCCAAUUCUAGAAUGGGGCAAAUCAUUGCUGCCGCUCCAUCCUUGUUCUCUUACAGUGUUGAGAAUUCGUUAAAACCUACAGUUAGAUAUUUAGUUGAGGAAGUCGGCAUCAAGGAAAAAGAUUUGGGGAAGGUCAUUCAGCUUAGUCCCCAAAUUCUUGUGCAGAGAAUUGACAUUUCAUGGAAUAUGCGUUAUAUGUUUCUUACCAAGGAGUUGGGUGCACCCAGAGAUAGCAUUGUGAAGAUGGUGACAAAACAUCCCCAACUUCUCCAUUACAGCAUAGAUGACGGAUUACUUCCAAGAAUAAAUUUCCUAAGGAGCAUAGGAAUGAAAAAUUCAGAUAUCUUGAAAGUCUUGACUAGUCUUACACAGGUGCUAUCUCUGUCCUUGGAGGAGAAUCUAAAGCCCAAAUAUUUGUACUUGGUUAAUGAACUUAACAAUGAGGUGCAAUCCUUGACCAAAUACCCAAUGUAUCUGAGUUUAUCCUUGGACCAGAGGAUUCGGCCUCGUCAUAGGUUCCUAGUUUCCCUAAAGAAAGCUCCAAAAGGACCAUUUCCCCUUGGAUCUCUAGUUCCAACUGAUGAAUGCUUUUGCCAACAGUGGGCUGGAACAAGUUUAGAUAAAUAUUUGGCAUUCCGUCAGAGAUUAUUACUUCAAAAGUUUGCUGAAAAAUAUGAAAGAAAAAUGUGA